CCGAGCCUUCGUCAUCUUCUUCUUCUUCUUCUUCUCUUCUCCUUCUUCUUCUUCUCUUCCUUGGUCGUUGUCGUCGUCGCUCUCGGCCGUUUCUUCCUCCUCGGCUCCGUUUCCGCGUGUGUGCGCGCCUACUUUCGCGCGGACUGCGAGAGAGAAGUCGCCGGUUGUGGCGAACGGAUCGUGUUUGGACGAGCGAGAAACACGUUCGGCUCGAACCGUCCUCCAGAGAACCGACCCACCCGCAUCUCCCCUCCAGGCCAGCAUGGUUUUCUUCGGAGACAGUGGCUCUCAACCGGCGCAGAAGCCGAACGCCUCGGAUGUCCACCCCCUCCGCCGCCAUCUGUCGCCUCUGCAGGACGUGUCCUCGAUCGCUGGGAGGGGAAUAUUGAUUUAUUCCGGAGCCGGUAUAUAACCCCUUCCACAUACCGAACGUUCUUGCCCACCCCUGGCACACACCGGCCCUCUACACACCACCGACAGUACACGUCGCGGUGCUACGUGUUCGCUGACUAGGGUUGUGCACGAUUUCUGUCUCCCUACCUGCCUGCCGCUCUCCCCUCCUCUCUCCUUUACUCUAGCGCUUUGUCGCUCCUCUCCUCUCUCUCUCUCUCUCUCUCUCUCUCUCACUCUCUAUCCCUCUCUCGCCGGUUUUCCACUCACGCGGCAGCACGAUCAAUACGCCGCCAGGCUCCUUCUUCCUCAUUCCGGACAGCACCCACCCGAAAACCGUGCUCUUCCUCCGCCGUCCGAUCGAAAUCAAUUGGAUACCAGCGGGGGUGGGAUCCAGCUCGAUGCGUGCUCUCGGGGUUGAAUCAACUGGUUGAACGAAGAACUUUUUCCUUCGGAUCUUGCUGCUUCGUGGCUCCAUUGUCGGAGCAUGACUUCGACACAAGGGCUCAGAUUGCUGAAAAAUCGUCUCCACGGAGGCAGACAUUUUCGUGCGCUGUGAUUCCGCCUGGUAGCCGAGCGGGCAGGGUUUAUUGUUCCAAGGAUACUGGGUGACCGUCGGGAUCUUCAAAAAUGGAGGGCAGCGGCACCGGAAUUAGCAGGCUCGACUGUUACGAGGAUAUGUUCAAGGAAAUCACCAGGAAACUCUACGGCGAGGAUCCUGACCAUCGAACGUCGAGCGUUCAGAACGAAUUUGAGACAUCGGUGUCGUAUAAGAAUGACGAGGACACCGAAAAUGGUACCGACGGAAGUGAUGACGUCAACUGGACGUGCGAAGAUGAGCCUCUUAAAGGAACCGAUGGAAGUCGUAUCGCAGCUUACCAUGCCGGAAAAGCGACCUGGAGGUGCUACGAAUGUGGCGUCGUAAUGAGGGGAGGUCCUCGCGACGUGUCCGAACAUUUCUUGGAGGUUCAUUCUUCGAGGAUCCUCGCAGACGACAGCAGGAACAGGCAUCACUCUCCGCGCAAGGAUUACUUGCAGUCGGAUCUUAAGAUCGAGGAAGUGAUCUCAUAUCUGGAGAGGCUACGGGAAAGAGCCGAGCGAGUAGCGCCGCCGUCUAGGCGGACACAGGAGACGCAAACCGUACCUGCCACCCUGUUGCCGGUCACCUCUACCUUCCUACUGCAGGAGUUGCCUUCUUCUCCCGCGCCACAACACCUUCAUCAAACAACAACGACGAUGCCGGCGUCCGCGACUGUGUCCGCCAGUGGGAAAAGAUACACGUGCCCGUACUGCCCUUAUGGUACUGAUCGACGAGAUCUGUACACUCGCCACGAAAACAUCCAUCGCGAGGAAAAGCCGUUUCACUGCUACAUUUGCUACAAACCGUUCAAUCGUGCGGAUCAUGUGAAGAAACACUUUCUAAGGAUGCACCGAGAACACGGCUACGAGCUGUCCAGGAUACGUAGACCAGCAGGGUCCAGUGCACCCAAGCCACUUCAACAAGAUACAACCGCUGGCAGCACCGGAAACGGAAACACGAACGGCCAGCAACAACAGCAACAGCAUGCCAACUAUUCGACUGGUUUUAACAAUAACAAGAGUUACCAGUUGCAGCCGAACCCUGGAAACGGCACUACCACGACCACCACGGGUAUCUAUCAGGCAACUUCGAUGCCUGCACCAAGUAUAAUGCAACCAGAUGCAGCGAACUGUACGACUGGCAGAAGGGUCCAAAAUGGAGGGUGCAAUAGCAAGAGUCACCUUAAGGGUGGCUCGAAAGGAGCCCAGGAAAGAAGGUAUACCUGUUGUUACUGUUCGUGGAGCGGCGUGGACAACUGGUGCCUAAAACGGCACUUAAACACGCACCUGAAACCAUUCGCUUGCACCCUCUGCGAAUACAAAGCUGCACGCGCCGAGCGAUUAGCAACCCAUGUGCUAAAGGUGCACAACAGGCGGCAGUGCUCGAGGUGCUCGUUCCUAGGCGAGGAUGCUGCACAGUUGCAGAUGCACCAGCUCCAUGUGCAUCGUGUCAGCAGCGCGAAUGCACCUGCAACAUCCACGGCGCCGGCCUCGCCGCCACCAAACAACCGCCACCAACAACCCAUGCAUCCCGUGGGAGGAGGUCGGCCGCCACCUGGUCCACCAGUUUUUCCCGCACCAGCUCCGGCCAUCGCACCUGCUACCACCGUGAUACCACCGACAACGAUACUCGGCCACGAGAUGGUAAACUCCCCUGCAACUGCAGCGACAAUGGCGUACCCGACAUUGGAAGAGGAGAGGCGGUCGAGCGGUGACGACCGCUGCGACCUGACGACCGGCCACGGGCACGAGUGGGGCUUCGCCGCGGGUUCCGAAAGACCCGGCAACCCGGAGGGUCGCAGCGUUGGAUCAUCCGCGGAUACCGUUACUAUACUAAACCGUGAUUUUGCGUGCAGCAACGGAGCAGUUCCCGAAGCGGUUCCCGAAGCGAGCGGCUCGAGCGGAGCCCAAUCAGCCGGGAAGCCGUCCGAGCGUCCUUGGGCGGAGCGGAAGCCGGGCGAGAGGCGGUCCAGGAAGCAGAGCCAGCCGAGGAAGGUUACGUGGAACCAGGAGUUCGAAGAUGACGACCUAUCGACGGACCACGAGAACGAGGAGAACCAGGAGAACCAGGAGAACCAGGAGAACCAGGAGACCCAUGAGAGCCAUGAGAGCCAUGAGAGCCAUGAGAGUCAUGAGAGCCAUGAGAGCCAUGAGAGCCAUGAGAGCCAUGAGAGCCAGGACAGCAAGCAGCCGGAAGACUCGUCGUCCACAUCGAGCAAGGAGACCGACGGGCUAAGCGAAAUAAGAACCUGGUACCGGAGACGGCACCAACUGAUCUGUCGGAGGUUCCUCAAGUGCAGACUGUGUCCUCGGGAUUCGUUCGCCAGAGGAACGAUCUGCAGACCUUACCACACCAAGGCGUCGCUGCUAUUACACAAACUGUGGCGACACGGCGCGUUCGCCAAAAGUCUGUGCCCCUCCAUGCUCGAGGCCCUCGCUACUACACCGCAGGUCUCGUCCAUCACGCUGAAGGCCACCGUGUUCACCAACCACGGCUACGGCUACCACAGAUAACACGCGUUGUGCUCGCUAACAUAGCAACGGGCGAUCGAGCCGGCGGACGUCGACGCGUUCCCAAACCCGACCGGUUCGAACUGGACCGAUGGGAAGGUCCGAGUUCAGGACUGAUCGCGAGACCGUGGCCGACUCCUCGAGGUCCGCCGAUCUCGGCCGUUGUUUUUGGAUUCAGGGUAUUCGAUGCGGUGUCCCGGUGCAUUGCGGGACCUCUGUCAAGGUGAUAUAUCGAAGGGGGACGAACGCUCGCUACCGAUGGACUUCAAUGUAUUUAAUUUAUCUAGCGUCUAGAGGAACCAAGCCGGAAGGGCUGGGAUUUCGUUCCGGUGUUUCGCGGACUUUCUGGAUUCGCGGUGAAUCCACGCGGAGAAUCUCGGUGAUAGCAGGAACGUUCCGUCGGAGCCAACGAAACGAUAGAUAGAAACCAAUUUCGUCGAUGUUCGGUGCUGCAGCGGAUUAGAGCCGCGGACAGCCAGCGAACCGGGAAUACGUAAUUUUAAGCGAACGAGAGACGGCGGAGACGUUUAGGAUAAGGAUGAAAACUAAUCGAAAGUACCUUGUCACGCGGUUUCCUCGCGAACCCCCGAUCACAAUUUAGGUCCUAUUAACGAUUAAGCAGAGCCGAGGAGCGCGGAGGUAGGCGCGACCCGACCAUAUUUUCAUGUAUAGAACCGCGUGCUGAACUACACGAAAACAUCCGAAUUAGAUGCGACGCGUGUUAGCCCAUCGUCCAGCUAUAGUCACGCGAUCCGAACCGUUUCAUUCAUCCAACAACCCUAGUCGUCGUUCACAGUUUUCGGACGCACGACGCUCGCUCGCGGAGCGUGACGCUUUCUCGGCCGGGCAAGCAUGAUUUUUAUAUUAAGAUAUAUUUGUACAAAUCGGUAUCUUGUUUACGUUAUUAUAUGAAAUAUAUUAUAUCUAUUGUAUUUAAGCAGAGCACGCGAGAUACCUGGAGAUCGUCGAGUUUUAGAGACCGAGGCGGAGUCUCUGGGACUCUGCGGCUCCCGGUCCUCCACUUUGUUUCACCCGUCCUGUGGUGGAUAUCUUUCAGUUGACGAUGUUAGUUCUGAUAAUUUUAUAUCGUCCGGAAUCGUACGGUUAUGUACUUCUUAAGUUUAUUGUGAUUGUUGCUGUUUAUGAUAACGAUUCUUUUAAACCGGUUCAUCAGUUACCGUUUGUCAAUUUCGACGUAGACAUUCGGGAGACUGUCGCUACUAUGCAAUAUUAAAUUCUUUUCUUCAGAUUUAAUUAGUAAGAUUAUAUUAUUUAUGUAUCAUUACUUAUUCAGCUGUAUUUCAUAUGUUUCUAACGAAUUCUAUACAAUUCCAUACGACCUAUGGAAAGUUUCUUUGAUUUAGCAUAAUCGUUUUGAAUAAAAACAAGUUCAUAUUUUGAUGAAACAAACGUAUUAUUGGAUGGUGUUUAAAAUUAAUACGAGGCUGUACCUGCAAACACUUUUGUCCAACGUCAAACUUAUCAGUCGGGUAAGAAUGGAUUCUUUUCGUACCAAUUUUGCGACCAUCAAAUAAAUAAAAGCAUUUUUGCAAAA